AUGAUUACCAGCGAUGACCAGCAACCACCAGCAUUGAUCACCAGCGAUGACCAGCAACCACCAGCAGUGAUCACUAGCAAUGGCCAGCAACCAAGAGCAGUGAUCACCAGCGAUGGCCAGCAACCACCAGCAGUGAUCACCAGCGAUGGCCAGCAACCACCAGCAGUGAUCACUAGCAAUGGCCAGCAACCACCAGCAGUGAUCACCAGCGAUGGCCAGCAACCACCAGCAGUGAUCACCAGCGAUGACCAGCAACCACCAACAGUGAUCACCAGCAAUGACCAGCAACCACCAGCAGUGAUCACCAGCGAUGGCCAGCAACCACCAGCAGUGAUCACCAGCGAUGGCCAGCAACCACCAGCAGUGAUCACUAGCAAUGGCCAGCAACCACCAGCAGUGAUCAACAGCAAUGACCAGCAACCACCAGCAGUGAUCACCAGCAAUGACCAGCAGCAACCACCAGCAAUGAUCACCAGCAAUGACCAGCCAGAUCACCAGCAAUGA